AUUUAUUCCUUCUGUUGAGGAUUUGUUUUGGUAACAGUUCGUUUUUUUUUUUGCGUUUUUCCAAGCUUUAGCAAUUUAAUAAAUCCGUCGGUGCUUGUAAGGUAAGCUGUAUUUUUAUGCGCUAUAAAAACUGGGGACUGGAUCGAAAUCUUUUGAGUGCUUUCAGUAACAACCAGGCAGCUACCAUAACAAAUAAUAAACUGAAUCCAAAACAGGAAGCUGAACCUGUCGUAAAAAACAAUAACCUGUUUAACUGGAUUAGUAUUUUACAUAUCUAACUAGCCACCGCCGAGCAUCGCAGCCUAAACCGAUCUAAAAUAAAUAAAAAAACAUACAGGCAAUCACAAACAACAAUAUGGCAGAGUUUCUGGACCACUUGAAAUCCACCAACUGGGUCGACUGGAAGGGCUGGUUCUGUGCCUGCUGCUGCCCCUCCUACGCAUUCGCCAAGAUAUCUUACCACAAGCUACAAGAGGACAGUUUCCGCAUGUGUCUCGCCUGCUACUGUCCCUGUCUGUUCGCUUGGUGGUACAUGAAGGCCCUCGACAAAAUACCAGAGAACAUGGGCACUAAGAUCAUGGCAUGCUGCUGGACAUACUGCUGCCCUACAUGUGCAGUGUACGUAGCAGCAGUAGAAGACGGCAUGGAUCCCAUCCAGGAGGCCACGAAGUGUGUCGAAGUAGUCAAAAAAGUUGUCUGCAUCAGUAGGCAAUAAACAACAAAAACAAGCAACCGAAAGAGAAGAAACAAACACAUAUUGAAGCGACUAGCGUGAACAUUUUUAGCAACAGAUUGUUCUUCUUUUCUUCUGCGUGGCUUCUUGUUGAACCUCAAAUAGUGCGCUUUAGAAGCAAACAUCAGAAAAAAAACGUUCUUCCAUUUCAUAGCUACGGAAUGUUUUCUCUGUAAUAAACGUGAUAGCAGAAAAA